AUUAAGCCAAAGUUUGGGCUAAGAAUUGAAGCAAGGUUUCACACUCCCAUAGGCUCCUCCCCAUGGGAACUUUAGAGUUGACCAACAUCACCACCGCCAGCUCCGAUCACAGCUCAAAACUACAAUGUCCUGAAGAUUUCGUUGAAGAUGAGUCCCCCAUCGAGGAAGUCCGGCUAACCGUGACCAACACCGACGACCCUACCCUACCCGUAUGGACCUUCCGGAUGUGGUUCUUGGGCCUACUCUCGUGCGCCCUCCUCUCUUUUCUAAAUCAGUUCUUCGCUUACAGGACGGAGCCCCUCCUCAUAACCCAGAUUACGGUCCAAGUCGCCACCCUCCCAAUAGGCCAUUUUCUGGCGGCAGUCUUGCCGGAGACUAAGUUCCGGUUUGGGGGCCGGGUGUUCUCCCUGAACCCAGGCCCGUUUAACAUGAAGGAGCAUGUGCUGAUAUCCAUAUUUGCGAAUGCUGGAAGUGCAUUCGGAAACGGGUCGGCUUAUGCGGUUGGCAUUGUUACAAUCGUGAAAGCGUUUUACCGAAGGAACAUAUCGUUCUUGGCUGGUUGGUUGCUUAUUAUCACCACUCAGGUGUUGGGGUAUGGAUGGGCCGGGCUGCUGAGGAAGUACGUAAUAGAGCCGGCCCACAUGUGGUGGCCCGGCACUCUCGUCCAGGUUUCCCUCUUCCGGGCUUUGCAUGAAAAAGAUGACCAACGCAUGUCGAGGGCUAAGUUUUUCCUGAUUGCACUAAUUUGCAGCUUUUCUUGGUAUCUAGUACCAGGGUACCUAUUCCCAACUCUCACAAGCAUCUCAUGGGUCUGUUGGACAUUCUCCAAGUCAGUCACAGCACAGCAGAUUGGAUCAGGGCUAAGAGGCCUUGGCCUUGGAGCCUUGACAUUAGAUUGGACUGUCGUGGCAUCAUUCUUGCUCAGCCCCCUCAUAUGUCCCUUCUUUGCCAUAAUGAAUGUCUUAGCGGGUUAUGCACUGAUAAUCUACCUAGUACUCCCUAUAGCUUACUGGGGGUUUGACUUAUACGGUGCUCGAAAAUUUCCCAUUUUCUCCUCGCACUUGUUCACAGCUCAAGGUCAGAAGUACAACAUAUCUGCAAUUGUAAAUGACAAGUUCGAGUUGGAUCUGAAGAAGUAUGAAGAGCAAGGCCGAAUACAUCUCAGCAUGUUCUUUGCCCUCACAUAUGGUUUUGGUUUUGCAACUAUUGCAGCCACUCUAACACAUGUGGGUUGCUUCUAUGGCAGGGAAAUCUAUGCAAGAUUCCGUGCUUCAUACAAGGAAAAGGAGGACGUUCAUACAAGACUCAUGCGGAGAUACAAGGACAUACCUUCCUGGUGGUUUUAUAUAUUACUAGGAGUGACACUUGCAGCUUCUCUAAUACUCUGCAUCUUCUUGAACAAACAAGUGCAGAUGCCAUGGUGGGGACUCGUCUUUGCUAGUGCCAUUGCUUUUAUCUUCCCCCUUCCGAUCAGCAUCAUUACAGCCACAACGAACCAGACUCCGGGCUUGAAUAUAAUCACAGAGUAUGUUAUGGGUAUCAUAUACCCAGGAAAGCCAAUUGCAAAUGUCUGCUUCAAAACUUAUGGCUAUAUGAGCAUGUCCCAGGCUGUCUCUUUCCUCAGUGAUUUCAAGCUGGGCCACUACAUGAAGAUCCCUCCCAGGUCUAUGUUUAUAGUUCAGUUCUUAGGAACAAUUAUAGCUGGAACUGUCAACAUUGCUGUGGCUUGGUGGCUGCUUACAUCUAUUACAAACAUAUGCCAAGAUGACCUCCUUCCACCAGACAGUCCAUGGACAUGCCCUGGAGACCGAGUCUUCUUUGAUGCAUCAGUCAUAUGGGGUUUAGUGGGACCAAAAAGAAUAUUCGGAAGUCUUGGAAAUUAUAGUUCCAUGAAUUGGUUUUUUCUUGGAGGUGCAUUAGGACCUGUCCUUGUUUGGCUCUUCCACAAGGCAUUUCCGAAACAAUCUUGGAUUCCUUUAAUUAAUCUGCCUGUCCUUCUAGGGGCCACAGGUAUUAUGCCACCAGCAACGCCACUAAAUUACAAUGCCUGGAUCAUAAUCGGUACAAUUUUCAACUUCUUUGUCUUCCGUUAUCGCAAAAGUUGGUGGCAAAGGUACAACUACAUUCUUUCAGCAGCUCUAGAUGCAGGAGUAGCUUUCAUGGCAGUGGCACUCUAUUUCUCAUUGGGCAUGGAGAACAAAGAAAUACAUUGGUGGGGUACAAGUGGCGAACACUGCAAGCUGGCAACUUGCCCAACUGCUAAAGGCAUACAAGUUGAUGGCUGUCCAGUAUACUAAUGUAAUUAUGCUUAGCAUUUUAACUAUUUGGUCUAAAGAAUGACUUUUCUUCCCCUGGAUUUUGUAAGUAUUCUCAAGAUUUACACUACUUUCAAGGAUGGCAUUUAUCAGUC